AACCUGGUAAAGACUGGUUCUAGAAUCGGACGGCUCAUUCCCGAUUCCAUCUCUAUCGCUCUGCCUCUUCUGAUAUCUUUGUGUGUAGAUUUGGCCACCGAACCCCGCAUUCCAUGGGGUCUAUGCUCGGUGACUGGCCUUCCUUUGACCCUCAUAACUUUAGCCAACUUAGACCUACUGAUCCUUCCAAUCCCUCGCACACGGAUUAUGAGACAUGUAGAUUGUGAAUUCAUGAGAUGGGACAAUGUCUUUUGUGGUAAAGCUAAUAAUGUUACGGCUUUGAAAAUCAGAUCUUAGAUUGUGGGAAAUUACCUCGUUGUUAGGUCCAAGCAGCUGUAAUGAGGACUUAUCUAAAUUCAACUGCAAUUUGAAAUUAAAAUGACACCUGCUACUUAUCAUCCUACUCACAGCCGGACUCUUCCGCCCCCUGAUCAAGUGAUAACUACUGAAGCCAAAAAUAUUCUUCUGAGGAACUUCUAUGAGCGGGCGGAAGAGAAGUUGAGACCAAAGAGAGCUGCCUCUGAAAAUCUAAUACCAGAGCAUGGUUGCAAGCAGCCUAGGGCCUCUACUUCAUGCUAAGCUUUGUUUACUGCUGGAAGUCCAACAUGCCGGCUGUCAAUGUACAUACAAGUAAUGUCAUGUCAUACCAAAUAUGACAUUUUGUGGACUGUUAAGGGAUUUGCUUGCUCGUUGCUCUGAACUUUAGAGCCAUACAUGUAGAUUUGUGUGUAGAAAUCAGAUUUACAGCUGAGUAAACGAAUAACAAAGUUGGAGAUGAAUAGUCAUGCUUGAUUUUGUAUUAAGUUCUGUAUGUUUUAUCAUUCUGAUUUCUUAAUUGCAAUGAUGGUCAGAAAAGGUGGAUGUUGUCUGAACUGUCAA